GCAGUUCCCAGGAAGCAGUCCCUUGGUGUCUAGUGAGGUCACAAAGCCCCUCUCAAAGGUUCCACCCACAGCCUAGUGCUGACUACCUCUCUGCAGGGCCAUGGCCAUACCAGAGUCUCUCAGCCCCAGGGACACUCCACUUUCUGUCACUGCUCAGCUCCUGACAUCCUUGAAGCCCAAGAGUCCAAAGCUGGUGGGCUGGGGUGGAGGUCAGGGCUCCACUUGGGUGCAGGAUCCUUGAAUCUAUACACUCCCACCCGCUGUUCUGGCAACCAUGAUCAGACGGCUGUGGAAGUUUUUAAAUCCGCCUCCCCCGGAGCCUCCGAAGUGGGUCCCCAUUCUUGGAGAGAUGCAGAAGACCCUCCAGAUGGCCGAGUACCUGCCCCUCCGCCCGCUGCCCAUGUUCGAGAGUAACUUUACCCAGGUAACCAACAAUGGGGCUCCUGCGUUAUUGGACAACAAACCCAACAAGCUGACUAUGGGUGUUGCCGCAUCCUUGCCUGGCCUAGUGCUGCCUGACAUUCUGUUGAUUGCUCGGCCCCCCGAGAGCCCGGAGUGUUCCAGUCUCAUCCUUACCAGGAUGAUCCCGUUAGACCUUGCCCGCCUUUAUGUCCAAGAUCUGCCUACCUGGCGUUUGAAGCUGCGUCUGAGAACCGGCCGCCACUAUUUCCUGGCACUGGAUGCCCCUGAACAUGAGCUGGCCUUUCUGUUUGACCGCUGGAUUCGCCUCAUCAACAUGCUUCAUGGGGCUAGAUUAUCCCGGAUACCAAAGACCACGGACAACUCCCUGCUGGAAACACCUACCGAAGGAACUCUUGCCUCCACAUGGCACUUUCAGACCCAGUCUCAAGGCAAACUUACAGUUGAAGUUGCUGGUCACACCUUUCCUUGCAAAAUAUUCUCUUCUCAAAAACCAAAGAAGACCAAGAUGAAGCUGACCAAGCCAAUGAAGCACACGCUCAGGUCUCAGGCUGUGGGUGAUUCUGUGCCUCUUAUCUGGUCACAAUUGCAACCUCCUGAGGAUCAGAUGAAAGUCACAAAAACCAAGUCCUAUCCAGAUGCCUGUUCUGACAGACCUGAACCUCUAGUCCAUGUUUCUGGCAGGGACAGCAUCACCAUCCGGACCAUCUUCAGCAUCAUCUCUAACACGAUAAACCAGGCCAAUUCUGAGGAAGACACAGGCCGUCUAAUUGAGACUCCUUCAAAGUGCAUCUCUUGGAACAAUGCUGAUUUACCUGUCACCGUCUCCUCUCAUCAGCUGGAUACCUUCUUGUGGGGGAAAAACUUUGAAGAUCUCAUGGAUGGUGAAUCAACCACACAAACUACCUUGAACUCACCUUACCCUCCUGCCUUCUACAUGUUCUCGCCUAGUCCCUCCAUCCCGAAGUCCAAAGACAAGGCCAGGCCCACAGGCUCAAAGAAACAUGUAAGGCCACUGUCCCCCCACAAAUCUGCGUCUGUCCCCAUCGAAUCAGGGAAAAUGCCGUUCAUUUUGGACCAGUCUAAUAAGGUGCCAGCUAAGCCUGCUCCAGCUCGGAUGGCCUCAGCCUUUCCCACUCCGUCUCAAAAGACUCCAACUUCACUGUGGUCAAGACUGAAGUCUUUAGCUGAACCUAGCUAUUUCUAUAAGUCUCAGCCUUCUGUUUCCCAGAAGACCCCAACUAUCCGUGGACACACCUGGAAGCCCCAAGCUAUAACUGCCCCAACCAAGCAAACCUUAACACCGAGUCAGAAGCUUCUACAAGCACCUGCAUGUUCCCAGAAAGCCACGUACUCCAAAAAGGACCAUCUACUCAUAAAUACCCAGUCUCAGAAGGAUCCAACUGCCCAGUACCAGAAAGUUCUCGACUCUUGGGCAAAGGCCCCUGAGGAUCCUAGGACAUUACAGGGAGAUGUGCUUGAGAGAAAGACUGAAGGGAAACAGGAACCCGUGUUGUUAGUGGGAGGGCAGAAUACAAAGGUGGUAGAUGUGAAGGCCCAGACCAUGACGCCGAAUCUGCCCUCUGCCACUACCAAGAAACAGUCCAAGGAGAUUUUGAAUAGCAAAACUCAAGAGGUCAUGCUGGAGGCCUUGAAGGGCAGGGAGAAGUUAGACGACAGGGCCUACAAGAUGGAGGAAGAGACAACUGUAAACGUGCCUGAUCUAAAGUUCAAGGAGACAGAGAUGCAGAAGAAGCGGGUCUUGACCAAGGAGAUAGCUGUUGAGGACCCCUACACAGAGGACAAGAGGCCCUUCUCUGCGGAGGGGCUCGCCCUUGCCAAGAUGAUGAUUAUGGCUAACUCCAAACACCAGCAGCUGAAGCCAGAUACCGUCUCUCUACCCUCCUCAUUCUCUAUGAUUUCCAGUGUGUCUUCCAUGUCCGUGUUGGCCAACUUGCCCUUUAACAACAACCAGAUGACCUUUCCAGAGGGGACACAAGUAGUGGUCAUAGAACAAUCAGGGUCCCGUACUAGAGUGAACAUGGAGAACACACAGCACCAGAUGGAGAGGAAGCUGCCCAAGGACGUGCCAAGUACUUCUCAGGAACCCAUAAAGAUCUCAGUCAAGGUGCCCCAAAAGCCUGCAGUAAAACACCAAGGACUCAAGGCACAAUCACAGCAUCCUCCUUUGAUGGUGACAGGGUCAACCUCAGAAAUUCUCCUUCCUGACAUCUUGCGAAUGGAGAAUAAGGGAAAAACCGCCACAAAAGCUGAGGUGCCAGUGAAGGAAUCUGGUGCCCGUCAUUCGUCAUUCUCAGUAUGCAGCGACCCAAGGAUUUAAGAUACCAUGAUGCAGGAGGCUCGAUCUGUCAGCAAAUUGUCCAGAAGCCCAAUGAGGCCAGGCCAGCAGGGUGCUGUGUACCCCGAUUAUAAGGCGCAGAGUGCAGAGAACACCGAGUGUGGUCGCGGAGGGGGAGGGGGAUGGGAUCCUCCUCCCAUAGAGACCAGAGCUAGAUAUAAGUUUAUAUUAUUGGUGAGGAUGGGGCGGGGCAGAUAUCAGGGAGAAGCUCAACUUUGUAGGGAUUAAAAGUCCUAGUCUGAGACUCAAAGCC